AUGUCCGUGCGGUCGAGGAAGAAGAGACGUCUCAGUACUUCUCAAACUGUGGAGUCUGAAGAGCCAAUCAGCUCCAACGUAGGGCUUACAAGGUACUGCAACAGCCAAUCACAGCAGAGCACAUGUGAUGUCCGGAGAAGGGGGGCGGACACUGCAAAAAGUUUAAUGGUGUGCUUUUCUUCAGAAGUAGUCUAUGAAUUAUCGCCAAAAAGUGCUUUAAAAACUUAAAAUGAUAGAGUUUUUUAUUCUUUACUUACAGUGACAUUAAGUCCACAGGGCCCAGUGUUGAUCAGACAAAGACUGAUUCUUCCAUUCUUCCAACAAUUAAUGACCACUAUUCUUUCUGUAACUUUAUUUACAAAAUGAAUUUUGGAUAGUGGGUCAUCUUCUAAUGUCUGAAUCUGAAAUGGUUUAUUUGUUGAUUUUUUUUACAGCCAGAAGCCUGAACAGUCCAAGACACCAAGUGUUCUUUCCCUGAAGAGUGACAGAUCCAUGUACAGGCCUAUUGUAUUUGGUCCUGAAGGUAAACAAAGGUAAUGUAAUGUAUUCUGUAAAAUAUAGAAAAUUCACUGUAAUGCAGAGAAUACUGCAUCAUAAUUCUGGAGAAAUACACCUCAUACCGGGCAGUACUAGUACAAGAAAGUAUUUAAGGCUCUGGUAUAACAGAACCCAUGUUCUUUGACUCGUAGCUUAUGAACCCUUUCAGGUCUAAUGUCUUAAUUAUGUUUGAAUAUUAGCUGAAAGCAAGAAGAGAUGAAUCCUAUAAAUGACUCAGGGCGACCCCGAGUCUUUUGUUUUUUUUGGUGCCAAUAGGAGUAAGAGCUUGGUCUCAUAGCUAAAAUUCUUUGUUUCCACUUUGUGUCAACGCAAAGUCAAGUUUGACUUAAUGUGAUGAAGGACUGAAUGAAGAGGGUCAUCAGAAAUACUCAUGUAUGCAGUGCACACUUUGAUUAGCCAGAAUUUACUCUUAAAUGGAUUGAUAAUUUAGUUCAUUUCAGUUUAUUAUUUUCUAAUCAGAAACUGUGGAGGCAUCAAGAGGAAUGACAGAUUUUCCUGAAACAUGUUUUAGUACAUAAGCAAAUGUUAGCUUUGUUAGCAAAACAAAUCUGAAGGAAACCAUUUUUUUGUUGACAACCUUUCCACCAUUGCCUUUGUGAGUCACAAAUCCAAAGAUAUCCAAGGGCGAGUAAGGCCCGAACUACACGUAUAUAGAUAUUUAUCAGGAUAUUUUUGUACUCCCGUCUAAAUAAAUGUAUCUGUCCACACGUGUUAGUUCUCAAAAAUAUCUGCGUCCACACGUAGCCUUCAAACUCAACCCUAUCUGGUGCCGCUUAAAAAAAAUUCAGGAACAAAGCUAACUGACUGGCCGAUGAAUCGUAACAGCGUGAUGCGUCAUGCAUUGUUUGUGGAAGCUACGCUAGUGCGUCGGGUCCAUGUGACGGACCAUGUGACCAAUAAAAGUAAUGGGCGCAGCAGACGCGUCUGUGAGCUGGCUGACUGGUGGAUGUAAUUGUAUAAAACAAGGUUCACUUGCAAGGCUGAAAUUAGCCCCAAAAGGGCAAAACAAACGUGAUGUCUGUCCGCCAUCGUUGUUGUUGUUGUUUUUCUUUUUAAUUCGCAUGUGCGAGCUGCGGUUUGACGUCAUCGAUCCGUAAAAGUCCGACCACACGAAUCCACAACGGAUACGGGAUACGGAUAUUUUUUUAUUUCUCCACUUGUUUUUUCGGAUUCAGAUUUAUCCAGUUUGAGUGUUCCAAACUCCUGUUUUAGUGUGGUAGGGAGGCCUAAUCGGACAUAAAUAUGUGCGGUUUGAAAUAUAUCCGCAUUCGUGCAGUUUGGGCCUAAGUCCUGGGUUUGUCUUUAUUGAACACACAUUCUUUCUUUGUCACUUACCUUUGGUAGACCUGGCCAAUCAUCGAAGAAAAAAAAGUAGUAGUUUGGCUUCUUUUAAUUACACGAAUUAGCAACUGAAAUUACAAAAAUUUUUCCAAUGUAUAACUUGUUAUCCUGUUGCUUACGCAUUUGUUGUGGUGUGAUCUAAUAGGUUAACUGGGAGACAAACCAGAAAGUUUAAGCUAAAAGGGGGCAUAUUCCCACCUACUGUGGUGGUGACCAACAUACUUCUGAUAAUAAAUGGAUUUGUUCCCAGUGCUUGUUAACUGGGUUUUAGACAGUAUUCCAAACCAGAUCGUCUAAUUGAGCAAUAAACUUACAGUGUAUGUACACAUACAGGUUGUCACGCUGAAAAAGAAAUUGGACUCGAAUGUAGUUUUUUACUUGUUGAUCUCUUACAGCCAGCAGUCUGGGGAAUCCACAGCAUCCAGCACUGUUUCUAUGGAGAAGGCUGCUUCCAUGGGCGAGCCUAUUGUUUUUGGACAUAGAAAGACACAAAGGUACUGUAACGGAUUAAAUUAGGAAACUCACAUACUGUGAUCGAACUUCAACCAAUCCAACUACAACCAGAUGUACAUACAAAUCAUACACCAGCGGAGGACACAUGUCUAAUGGGACAUGUUUGUCUUUGUUUGUACACUCCACAGCCAGCCGACUGGAGAGCCAUCCAGUUGUUCCGCAUGUACAGGAGUUUUGAGGGAUCCAGUUCGUCGUCUUUGUGGACACUGGUCAUGCAAACAGUGUCACAUCCUGGAUUGUGAGUGUUUAAGUGAACUGGGACGUGAAUUCAAACGCCGAAGAGGUAAAAGAAAAACAAAGACGAAUAUUUAUGCUCAAUGCUAAUAUUAGGUCCAUACUUAAUAUGUGUUUUGAAAUACAAAAAAGUCUGUAAUAUAUUCUGUGCAAAAAAGUAAUGUACUUUUGUGCUGUUUUCUGUUUUGGUGUGUAAAAUGUAAAAGCUUUUCUAUUUGCAUGUGUUUUUAAUCGUUCCAGUGGCCAGUCCUUUGAUGAGAGCCAGACAGUUUUUUAAAGAAGAAAUGAAGGGCAAGUUUGCUUCGAUAUCUGAGGGUAAUGGUGACCCAAAGAGCUCCCUCAACAGCAAAUACACAACACUCUUGAUUUCCAUCAAAGAGAAUGAAGGGCUGCAUGAAGAACACGUGUUCAGACAUAUCAAACAAAAAUUUAAACCAGGCUCCCCUACAAAAAAAGUUGACCUCUGUGACAGCUUUAAACCUUUGCCUGGUCAUCAGAAUAAAAUCAGAAUGGUCCUUACGAAGGGUGUUGCAGGUAUUGGCAAAUCAUUUUCAGUGCAGAAAUUCAUUCUUGACUGGGCCGAGGGGAAGGAGAACCAGGACUUCAGUUAUGUUUUCUGCAUUGCUUUCAGAGAGCUGAAUUUGAUCAGUGAUGACAAAAGCUUACUUCAGCUCCUGACUAAGUUUCACCCUGCAUUCGGGGAACAAGAAAAUUCAGAAAAUUAUGUCAAGACCAGGGUCAUAGUGAUCCUGGAUGGUCUGGAUGAAAGUCGACUUCAACUGGACUUUGAAGGCAAGCCGGUAAAGUCAGUCACUGAAGUGACAUCUGUGGCUAGUCUCCUUGCUAACCUCAUCAAGGGUAACCUUCUGCCAGAUGCUAAACUCUGGAUAACAUCCCGUCCAGCAGCAGCUUAUCAGAUCCCUGCAGAGUAUGUAGACAUGGUCACAGAGAUCAGAGGGUUCAGUGAUUCCCAAAAAGAGGAGUACUUCAGGAGGCGAUUUAGAGAUGAUUCGAGCCUUGCUGACAGAAUAGUGUCACAUAUUCGCUCGUCACAGAGUCUGGACAUCAUGUGCCAGAUCCCAAUCUUCUGCUGGAUUUCUGCUGUGUUAUUUGAGGAGAUCUUUGGGGAGGAUAAGGCUGAAAUCCCUCAAACUCUUACAGAGAUGAUGGCCCAUUACUUGCUCGCCCAGACAAUACGCAGUAGCAGAAAAUAUAGUAAAAGCAGCGAAGAGCAACUUCUGAAGAAACACAAAGAAUUCCUCCUGAAACUCGGCAAGCUUGCAUUCAUCCAGCUGCAGAAAAACAACAUCAUCUUCUACGAUGAAGACCUUGAAGACUGUGGCAUUGAUGUGAAAGAGGCAACCAUCUACUCUGGGUUUUGCUCUGGAGUCCUCAGAGAGGAACAGGCCUUUUCUCAGAAGGUCUUCUUCUUUGUGCACUUGACUAUACAGGAGUUCUUCGCAGCCCUUUUUGUCUAUGACUGUUUCUCAAACCAGAAAACAGAAGAGCUCAGCAACUUUCUUGAUCUGAAGGAUGAGAGCUAUUCUUUACUUGAACUUCUGAAGUUGACAGUUGAGAAAGUGCUGGAGGACAAGAACAGCCACCUGGACUUCUUCAUGCAAUUCCUCCUUGGCCUCAUGGUUGAAUCGAAUCGGAGAGUCCUUCAGGGUCUGCUGACAUCACCAGACCAAGGUCAAGAUACUGAUAAGAAAAUCCUGACACACCUUAAAGCCAUUCGAAGGAAGACCCUUUCUCCAGACAGAAGCAUCAUCCUCUUCCAGACAAUGGUUGAGAUGAAGGAUCACAAAGUCAAAGAUGAAAUCCAGGAAUUUCUCAGAUUACCUGAACGUUCCAAAACAGAGCUGACUUCCCUACAAUGCUCAGCACUAGCCUACAUGCUGCAGGUAUCAGAGAAUGAUCUGGAGGUGUUGGACUUGAAGAGUUUCAACACAACAGAUGAAGGUAGAAGGAGGCUUAUACCAGCAGUGCGGGUCAGCAGGAAGGCUAUGUAAGUUUACUUUUUAAAAAUAUGUAUAUUAAGUUUUAGUUACAUACAUUUCUGAUAAUAGGAUUGUUUGGACAGCCUUUCAGUAUAAAAAAAUCCAAAAGUCCUGGUAGGAAUCACAUUCCAAGAUACUUUUUUCUGUACCUUUGAAUGGUUUCAUUUUUCCUUUUUACCCAUAUGUAGACUAGCAGACUGCAAAGUGACUGAAGACUGGGUUGAACACUUGGCCUCUGGUCUUAAGUUCCCCUACCUUCCUUUGAGAGAUCUUGAUCUGAGCAACAAUGACCUGAAAGAUUCGGGAGUGAAGCUACUCUGUGAUGGACUGUCAAGUCAGUCCUGCAGACUGAAGACACUGAGGUAUGUUGGUUCAUUUUCCUAAAAUUUACUCAGAGAUGAAGAAAAACUUACCAACUGCAAAGAUGCUUACAAAAAGUUAAUUCUGCUUUGUUUCUCAAGGUUGUCAGGCUGUCUGGUCACUGAGGAGGGUUGUGCUUCUCUGGUCUCAGCUCUCAAGUCCAAUCCCUCCCACCUGAUUGAGCUGGACCUAAGCUACAACAAUCCAGGGGAAUCUGGGAAGAAGCUGCUCUCUGAGCUAAAAGGCGACGCGCAGUACAAGCUCGACAUACUCAGGUACUUACAUAAUGCUUGAAGAUAAGUCUUUUCACUUUUGGUUAAAUUGACAGUGUUGGAGGCAUUUUGAGAAAGAUUUUACACUGGUUACAUCUGUUUUCUGUCUCAAAGUUUAAUUCUUGUGAUUUUUUAACAGCACUGAUCAUGACGGGGAUCACAGGAUGAAACCAGGAUUCAAGAAAUGUAAGUUAUGUCUAGAAUUGCUGUCCACAGUCUAGGAAGGGAGGCCCUUUACUUUUUCUACCAGUAGCCAUCUUCAACUGAAAUGACGAACAAUUUCGAUUGAGCGACCCCCGAUUCCUCAAUAAAUAUAGAAUUUGAUGGUUUGCAAGUAAUUUGAUGUAAUUAGUAAAUAGUACAGAGGUGCCAGUUACACACUUGAUUAAGUUAGAACUUUGGCCUAAACACUGAAUAAGUUGUGUAAAGCUGGAUGGAUGUUGCAUCCUCUGCUUUAAAAUAAGAGAAGAAUCACCUGGUUUAUUAUCAGCACAACUUGAAAGCCAGCAUCCCUGCUGGUGUAGGAAUGCACAAGUGUCCAUGGCACAUGUCGAUAACAUGCCUGGUAAAGCUCUAUUAAUGCUGAGCAAUACAUACAGGUAUCUACUUGAUGUAUGCUGCCAUCCAAACAAUGACUUUCUCAGUGAAGACCUUCAUAUUUUAGCAAGACAAUGCCAAACUACAUUCUGCAAGUAUUACAAAUGCAUGGCUCUGUAGUAUAAGAGUCCUUGGUCAAAUAAAUAGAGCGUCCAAAUUAUUUGCACAACAUCCAAAACCACAAAUUCUGUUUUUCAUUUUUUUUAUUUUUUCACCCUAGAUGCCUGUAUGCUGACUUUCGACCAAGACACUGCCCAGAAGAUCCUUACUUUCACGGACGAAAACAGAAAAGUGUCAUGGGUGGAAGAGGAGCAGCAAUUCCCCAAGGAUGGAGAGAGGUUUGGUACCUGCCAACGUUUACUGUGUCAACAGGGUCUAAACGAGCGCUCCUACUUUGAGAUUGAGAUGUUGGAAACCUUUGCCGUUGGGUUGACAUACAAAACCACUGACAAGAAAGGGGAUGCCCACUGUAAGCUGGGACAGGAUGACAGGUCUUGGUGCCUGAACUGCUCUGAUGAUGGCUGUUAUGCUUUGUAUGACAACCAGAGAUUUAAUGUUGCUGCUCGCCGUUCACGAUCUAGUCGGGUGGCAGUGUACCUUGAUUGGGUGGCUGGUACUCUGUCAUUUUAUAAGGUUUCCUCUGACAGUCGAACCCGCCUCCAUACCUUCAAAACAACUUUCAGCCAACCCCUCCAUCUUGCUGUUGAACUUUACGCAGGUUCCUCAGCAUCAUUAUGUCUGCCGGUGUAA